ACGAUUGAUCCAAGUUUCUGCUUCAGCAUUGACUCAUUGUCCAAUUGUCUAUCUUGACUACAAGCACGUCAAACCAGUUUUUCUCGGUACCUUCAACAUGCGGGAAAUUCUCUCCAUUCACCUAGGCCAAGGCGGCAUCCAGGUUGGCAACGCCUGCUGGGAGCUUUACUGCCUGGAGCACGGCAUCCAACCCGAUGGUCAGAUCCCCAGCAACUCCGUCGCCAGGGGAGACGACUCGUUCUCCACCUUCUUCUCCGAGACUGGAUCAGGCAAGCACGUGCCGCGCGCCGUUUUCGUCGAUCUAGAGCCAACGGUGUGUGAUGAAAUUCGCACGGGCUCAUACCGGCAGCUGUACCACCCAGAGCAGAUCAUUUCAGGCAAAGAGGACGCGGCCAACAACUACGCGCGUGGUCACUACACGAUCGGCAAGGAGGUCGUGGACCACGUGCUUGAUCGCAUUCGGAAGCUGGCGGAUUCUUGCACCGGCCUGCAAGGUUUCAUGGUGUUCAACGCUGUAGGAGGGGGCACCGGAUCAGGAUUCGGGUCACUUCUGCUCGAGCGCCUUUCAGUCGACUACGGCCGCAAGUCCAAGCUCGGCUUCACCAUCUACCCGUCACCGCUGCUGUCCUCAGCUAUCGUAGAGCCAUACAACUCCGUGCUUUCGACACACACGCUUCUUGAGCACACGGAUGUGGCCGUGAUGUUGGACAACGAGGCCAUCUACGACAUUUGCCGCCGCUCUCUGGGCGUCGAGCGGCCUUCCUACACGAACCUCAACCGGCUGAUCGCACAAGUGAUUUCCUCCUUGACCACGUCGCUCCGUUUCGACGGCUCGUUGAACGUGGACAUCACCGAGUUCCAGACGAACCUGGUGCCGUACCCACGUAUCCACUUCAUGCUCAGCUCGUAUGCCCCCGUCAUCUCGGCUGAGAAGGCCUUCCACGAGCAGCUGUCGGUGGCGGAGAUCACCAACAGCGCGUUCGAGCCUGCAUCCAUGAUGGCCAAGUGCGACCCUCGACACGGCAAGUACAUGGCCACGUGCCUCAUGUACCGUGGUGACGUCGUUCCCAAGGACGUGAAUGCAGCUGUGGCCACCAUCAAGACCAAGCGCACCAUCCAGUUCGUGGACUGGUGCCCUACGGGUUUCAAGUGUGGCAUCAACUACCAGCCUCCGACGGCUGUGCCUGGUGGUGACUUGGCCCGUGUGCAGCGUGCUGUGGCCAUGAUCUCCAACACCAGCGCCAUUGCUGAGGUGUUCUCUCGCAUCGACCACAAGUUCGACCUGAUGUAUGCCAAGCGUGCGUUCGUGCACUGGUUCGUGGGCGAAGGUAUGGAGGAAGGCGAGUUCUCGGAGGCUCGUGAGGAUCUUGCUGCUCUGGAGAAAGACUACGAGGAGGUUUCUGCUGAGACGGCCGAAGGUGACGAUGAGGACUUCGAUGAGAAGAAUGUGGAGUACUAACCCCGUAUGGAUCCCAAGGCGGACGUAGCAUUAGGUUUUCAAAUACUUGAAGUCUUUUGUCAUCACUUCAACUUCAAAGCGUUUUGCUGA